GCAGACGAUGACUCAAUAAUAGCGUUAACCUUCUAGAAAACCAUAUUAGUUAUACGGACUUUCCGUAUAAAACCUUCCUUGUCAGCUGACUUCGUCAUAUUUGAUCAGUUCGUCGACACUAGGCGGAGGGAAAACAUGGCUGCAGCAAAUGUAUCUACCAGAUUUAAUAGUUUCGUGUUUUUCGACACGGAAACGACGGGUCUUCAUAAAGAUGAACACAGACCUUCAAUAACAGAAUUGUGUCUUCUUGCGGUACACAGAGAAGACAUGCAGACCCGUGAUACAGAAGCAAGAGUGGUGAACAAACUACUGGUUUGUCUCAACCCAGGCCAACCUGUCCAGCCGAGAGCAGAGGAAAUGUCAGGUCUAUCUCAUGAUAUGUUGGAAAGCGAGUCGCCGUUCAAUCCGGAUGUGGUGAGACUGGUGUCACUAUUUCUGGGACGUCUGACAUCUCCUGUCUGUCUCGUCGCCCACAAUGGUAAUGAAUUUGACUUCCUACUGCUUCAUUCCGAGUUAUACAAAGUCGACGGAGCGUUGCCGGAGAGCAUAUAUUGUGUCGACUCUUUGAUAUAUUUUAGACAGACCAGAGAGUCACCUGGUCGACAGUCCUUUUCUUUGGGAGAAGUCUAUCGGCGAAGUUUUGGUGAGGAUCCACAUGACGCCCACAGUGCCGAGGGCGACUGUGUGACUCUGAUGAAGGUGACGAAAGAGAGCUCUCCUGAUUUUCUACAAUGGGUGGACGACAACGCCGUACGACUGAAUACCAUAUCUAAAAUGUAUUAGUAUUCUACCGUUAGCCGAUCUCAUUUUUAUAUACUCCUGCUUUUCUACAAUGGGUGGACGACAACGCCGUACAACUUAAUCUGAUCUCGAACUUUGACACGGAACUCUCUUCUUUGGUAUCAUGCAACCUAUAUAUUUCAUCUGGCCACAGACCACAAUUAAUUACGCUAUAUGUUUCUAUAUAGCGUUAGUGGCUAUAACAUUUUUAUUAAUAUCAGCAGGUUCAUGGAUUUUUCUAUGUACCUUUGCCUGCCUGGGGGAAACAUACUAUGAAAAGGACAACCUCUGUUGUCCAGCUCUUUCUCCAACGAUAUUGGUUUAAACAAACACACCCACUAGACUGACCGUAGUACACCCAUUUUACACAAAAAGCACUACUUUUGCAUGGGCCGGAAUUACCACAAACAAGUCUUCAAUGUCAACAAGUUACACAUAUUUACAAACUACAUGCUCUUCCCUGUCAACUUCAGUCAAAUAGUUGGCAUGAAAUAAUCGGUCAAACGGACUACUUGCGCGGACAAAUUUUCGGAUUUUCCACAAACAAAUGGGAAGAUAACUGUGAUCUGAGGCCAUCUACUGUUAGGCCUUGGGCCUCUGAUUUUAAAAUCGUUGCUGUACCCAUGUAUUAGUAAUCUACUGUUAUGCCUAGGACUUUCGAUUUUAAAAUAUUUGCUAUACCUAUGCAUUAAUAGUCUACUAACAGGCAUGAGGCUUUCGAUUUUAGACUCUUUGCUGUGCUCAUGCAUAAGUAAUCUACUGUCAGGGCUGUGCCCUCUGAUUUUAAAAUCGUUGCUGUAACCAUGCAUUAGUAAUCUAGUUAGGACAAGGGCCUUUGGUGUUUUAAUAUUUGCUGUAACCAUGCAUUAGUAAUCUAGUUAGGACAAGGGCCUUUGGUGUUUUAAUAUUUGCUGUAACCAUGCAUUAGUAAUCUAGUUAGGACAAGGGCCUUUGGUGUUUUAAUAUUUGCUGUACCCAUGCAUUAACAAUCAACUGUUAGGCUCAGAACCUUCUUUUGUUUUACAAUUUGCUUUACCGAUGCAUUAGCAAUCUAGUGUUAGGCUUAGGGCCUCUAGUUUUAAAAUAGUUUCUGUACUUAUGCAUUAGUAAUCUAUUUUUAGGCCUAGGGCAUCUGAUUUAAAAAUAUAUAUAUUUGCCGUACCCAUACAUUAAUUAGCAAUAUAUUGUUAGACUUUGGGUCUCUGAAUUUUAAGUAUUUGCUGUACCCAUGCAUUAGUAAACUUCUGUUAGCCCUAGGAUCUCUGAGGUGUUUUUUUUUAGCAUACUAGUAGUAUACAUUUAGCUGAAGCACACUAGUCUAAUUUUUAUUUUUAAUCUUGGAUUGUUUAAAAAAUAUGUAAUUAUAAUAAACGCUGACUGCAAAUAUAUUUGCUGUACCCAUACAUUUAUUAGUAACUGCUGUUAGACUUAUAUUAGGACUUCUGAUUUUUAAAUCUUUACUUAGCAUACUAGAAGUUUACAUUUAGAUGAAGCACAGUAGUCUAAUUGUUAUUUUUAGUCUGGGAUUUUAAAUAUUUUUUAAAGUACAUGGAUAUAAUUAUAAUAAACACUGACUGCAAAACAUUUUAUACACUAAAAAAUACUGUGUAGUUGAAACAUGAUAACAAAUACAAUAUGACUACAACGUGUAGUUUAUAAUACAUGUGCAACAUAUUUGCAUAUUAACAUAUUUGCAUAUGAAUGUAAAAUGUUUGCAUAGGGUUUUGCAUAGUUGUUUUUUUAUUUACCUUUUGAAUACUGAUGUUAAUUAUCACUUCAUUUACACAUUUCCCUCAGUUUGACAUCCAAUAGCAGAUAUUACAUGUAAAAACUGUAAUAUCAAACGUAGGCCUACAGAUGUAUCGUCUUGAUGUGUGGCAGUCUUCCAAGAGACAAGAACACUGACAGUGAUUCAUUGGAGCAGUCUCGACCUCGUCGAACCUUCACUUGAACUCUUCACCGCGCAGAGAUACGAUUUGGAAUAUGAUUUCUGUUUAGUCGUUCAGCUUUAUAUAUUUUACUUUUAUAAUCAAAUUGCAUACAUUAUAAUAAUAUACAUGUAUAUUGUACGCUUUUAAA